AAACUUAAUGAAUGAAAUCAUUUUUUAACUAGAACUAAGGAAUGAAUCAUAAUAUAACAUAAAUAUAUAUAGAUCCAGUUGUUAAAAUCAAUAUAAAAUGUAGAAUCACAAACUCAAAAAAAAUAAAAUUGUCAACACUGAACCCAACAAUAAUCACUUUUAAUAGUGAGUUCCUUCAUAUUGUUUUUCAAGUGCUCCAACAACAACAACUUCAUCGUACAUGUUAAUGGAUUCACCUCUGUUGGGAUUCCAUCAUGUUUCACCAAAUAGAUUCAACAGGAAGAUUCUUUUCUGUUUCCUUCUUCUCUUUGUUGCUGUCACAAUUAUUGGACUAGCCGUAAGAGGCGACGUAAAUUUCGGGUUAUUGAAAGGAGCUGAAAGAUAUAAUGAGGGAAAAACAGACAAUAAGGGACAAGUUAUUGAAUCGGAAAUUGGAGUUGUUGCAGCUGACGAUGCUCGCUGUUCGGCUGUUGGUGUUUCAAUGCUUAGGCUUGGCGGGCAUGCUGUUGAUGCUGCUGUGGCUGCUGCGUUAUGCGUUGGUGUUGUUUUUCAGGCUUCGAGUGGCAUAGGAGGUGGUUCUUUCAUGGUUGUGAAAUCAUCUUCUGGCUCUAUUGCUCAAGCUUUUGACAUGAGAGAAACUGCUCCUAUUGCUGCUUCACAGAAUAUGUAUCAGAGCAAUCCCGAAGCAAAGUUCUUAGGUGCCUUGUCAGUAGGAGUUCCUGGUGAGUUAGCCGGCCUUCAUGCAGCGUGGUUGAAACAUGGAAGAUUGCCAUGGAAGACGUUAUUCCAACCAGCUAUAGAACUUGCGAAAAAUGGUUUCGUAGUGUCUGCAACUCUCAGCAAUUACAUUGCUUCAUCUAAAAUUAAGAUAAUGAGUGAUCCCGGAUUAAGAAAUAUAUACGCACCUAAUGGAAUUUUGAUAAAAGAAGGUGAGAUAUGUAGUAAUGUGGAACUUGGGCAAACCUUAGAGAUAGUGGCAGAGGAAGGGAUACAAGCUUUCUACAAUGGAACCAUUGGUGAGAAGUUAGUUAAGGAUGUUAGAGAAGUUGGUGGUAUUUUAACAAUGGAGGAUUUACGAAAUUACAAGGUGGAAAUUACAGAUGCAGUGGUUGUGAAUGCCAUGGGAUACACCUUACAUGGAAUGCCACCUCCUUCAAGUGGAACACUUGGUCUUUCUCUGGUCCUAAACAUCUUGGAUAGUUAUGGAAGUCUUGAUGCUGCAAAGGGGAAUUUGGGUCUACAUAGAGUAAUAGAAGCUUUGAAACAUACGUUUGCUAUCCGAAUGGAUUUGGGAGACCCGACCUUUGAAAACGUUAGUGAAACUGUAUCCGAAAUGCUUUCGCCGUCUUUUGCACAAACUAUUCAGCGCCGGAUACUUGAUAACACUACUUUCCCUCCAGAGUACUAUAUGGAAAGAUGGAGCCAACUUAGAGAUCACGGAACAAGCCAUUUGUGUGUUGUAGAUGCUGAUAGAAACGCGGUAUCAUUGACAACAUCUGUAAACAGACAUUUUGGAGCUGGGAUUCGUUCAACGUCAACUGGUAUUGUGAUCAACGAUGAAAUGGAUGAUUUCUCUAUACCGACUGAUAUAUCCCCCGGUGAACUACCUCCAGCGCCGACAAAUUUUAUUGAACCAAACAAAAGGCCACUGUCUUCCAUGACUCCUAUUAUCAUCACAAAGGACGAACAAUUGGUCGGCGUAAUCGGAGGAAGCGGUGGAAUGAGUAUUAUUCCAGCAGUGACUCAAGUCUUUCUUAAUCAUUUCAUCUUAGGAAUGGAACCUUUAGAUGCAGUUCUAAGACCAAGGGUCUAUACCAAGCUAUUACCGGAUACAGUUUCGUAUGAAAACAUGACUGCUUAUGAUGGUGAUCACAUUGAGCUUUCAGACGAAAGUAGGCUUUUCCUAAAAGAGAGAGGUCAUCAUCUGCAACCAUGUGAAAUUAAAUCGAUUACUCAGCUUAUUGUUCAUACACCGAAAACACCUAUUAACAUUCAUAGGAAACUUGGUGAAGGCACCAACUCACAUUUAAAGCAUGGCACUCUAACAGCAGUAAGUGAUCCAAGAAAGGGUGGUCGUCCGGCUGCUGUUUAAAUUAAAUCAGUUAAUUCGUUUUUUAACCGGAAUGUUUGUCCAGCCAUUGUUACAAUCUAUACAUGUACAGUGUUUUGCUUGAAGCUAUUGUUGGAAGGAAGAAUAGAGUGAUUGGAGUAGUGCUUUUGAAUGCUCUUUGGAAAUGAUUGGAUACCUGAGUAUUCAUUUUAAGUUUGUUUCGUAAGUUACUGAAGAAAAUUACAAAUUCUGAGUAUACAACAUUGAUCUUGCAACAAAACUAUUUGCGAUGUUCUA